UUCUACUCUUCUUCUUCUUCAUCACUCUUUUGCUUUUCUCUGUCAACACAAAUUCUCCAUUUUUUCUCUGCAAAUUUCUUAGUAAUCUCUUAGUAUUGCUCUUUGCAAUGCUGUAUUUAACAUGAACAAAGUGCGCAUUGCUGCACACCAAUGAAUCCCACCACUGUAGACCCAACACAACCACCGCCACAGCCACCUCAGGUGACACAACCACCGCGUUCUUCCUUCAGUUGUGACCGACACCCAGAUGAACAAUUCACCGGUUUUUGUCCUGAAUGUCUCUGUGAACGACUCACCACCUUAGAUAACAACAGUAACAAUAAUAACCCUUCUUCUUCUUCUCGACGUCCUUCUACUUCAUCAUCUUCUGCUGCUGCUGCUAUUAAAUCCCUUUUCUCUAAACCUUCUGUUUCUUCUACUUCUUCUUCGGUUGUUGUUAAUAAUCUUCCUCCUAAACCUGUUAAACCCACUUCGUUUUUUCCUGAGCUUCGUCGGACUAAGUCGUUUUCUGCUUCGAAAAACGAGGCGUUGGGGUUUAAUACUUCUGCUUUUGAACCCCAAAGGAAAUCCUGUGAUGUUCGUGGUCGUAAUACCCUUUGGUCUUUGUUUUCUAUCGACGACGAAACGAAAACUGGGAAACCCACUUGUUCACUAAAUCAAAAUGCGAAUGAUAUUGGGGAUGGGUUUGUUGGUAGACCGGUUAAAGAGGAGGAGGAGGAGGAAGAAGAAGACGAAUUCGAAAAUGGUGAAGAGUUUGGAAAUGUGGCUGAUGAAAUAAUUGAAGAGGAGUUACCGGUGGAACCGGAGAUUGUGGUGGAAGAGGAGUUGAGUGGUGAUAUAUUGAAGCCGAUGAAAGAUCAUAUAGAUCUUGAUUCGCAGGGCAAAAAGGGUUCAGGGGGGAAGGAUUUGAAGGAAAUUGCAGGGAGUUUUUGGUCAGCUGCAUCGGUUUUUAGUAAGAAAUGGCAUAACUGGAGGAAAAAACAGAAGCUGAAGAAGAGAAACAAUGGCGAAAACUCGGGUACAUUGCCUGUAGGAAAACCCAUUUCAAGGCGUUAUAGGGAUACCCAAUCGGAGAUAGCUGAUUAUGGUUUUGGGAGAAGGUCCUGUGAUACUGAUCCUCGGUUUUCACUCGAUGCUGGAAGGAUGAGUUUAGAUGAUCCAAGGUAUUCUUUCGAUGAACCCCGUGCUUCUUGGGAUGGUUAUUUGAUUGGUAGGAGUUUUCCUAGAAUGCCACCAAUGGUUUCAGUGAUAGAAGAUGCACCAGUUGUGCAUAUUCCGCGGUCUGAUAACCAAAUUCCGGUUGAGGAACCGCGUCUUUCGAUGACUUCUAUCAAUGAGGAUGAAUCAGUGCCUGGAGGGUCUACUCAAACUAAAGAGUAUUACUCGGAUUCAUCUUCGAGGAGAAGGAAGAGUCUUGAUAGGUCUAAUUCAAUUAGGAAGACUGCAGCUGCUGUUGUGGCAGAAAUGGAUGAAAUGAAAUCAGUAUCUAAUGCUAAAGUAUUGCCUGCUAUGGGUGAUCAAUUUCUUGGAGCCAAAGUGUUGGUUGGUGAGAGGGAUUCGAAUUCAAAUUCCAAUUCUUUAAGAGAUGACUGCUCUGAGACAUUUGAAUUGACAGGUUUUAGGGAUAAUAGUUCAGUGAUUGGUAACGGGGAGCGAAAGGAUUCGAAAAAGUCAAGGAGGUGGGCCUGGAAUUUAUGGGGUUUUAUAAAUAGGAGAGUUAGUGGGAACAAAGAUGAGGAAGAUGAUAGGUAUAGUAGAUCAAAUGGAGUGGAGAGGUCAUUUUCAGAAUCGUGGCAAGACUUGAGGACAAAUGGUGAUGUAAGAGGUGGUGUUAAUAGGAAGGUAUUCAGGAGUAACAGCAGUGUUAGCUGGAGAAACUCGACCGGUAUUGGUGGAUCAUUUGGGAGUAUGAGGAAAUCUAGUGUUGAGAUGAAUGGACAUGUAAAGAAGAAAAGAGAUGAUAUCGUGUUGGAGAGGAAUCGAAGUGCUAGGUAUUCACCUAAUCAUCUUGAUAAUGGACUCUUGCGGUUCUACUUGGCACCCAUGAGAGGCAGCCGAAGAGGUUUACCUGGAAAAAGUAGGCCAAAUGGCUCACAUUCGAUCGCGAGGAGCUUACUUCGACUGUACUGAAAUCCAAGGAAUGAGGUCGAGGCUUUGGAUGACGUACUACAAGCAAUAAGAUUGUCAACGAUAUCACUGCAGAACUCAGUUUGAGAAGCUCCAUUCUGAGGUAUCAAGCAAGUUUAUGCAGGGUAUCAAUUGGCAAAGAACAAUCUAAUUAUUGUGGAUUAUCAAAAAUCUACCUUGGACCUUGUUUGGAUAGACUAUUAACAACUGCUGCUAAAGCUUCAAAUAUGGGAUUCUGUAAAAAAAAAUCCUGCAUGUUGUUCCCUUUAGUUAUAGUUUGCAUGUAUAAAUGUUAACUUAAUUGGGAUAUGUAGUAAUGUUCACUCCUCUUUAGUGCAGAAGAGUUGAGUUUUUUCUUGUUUUCUUAAUUGGGGUCUGUAUCUUUCAUUGGUAUUGGUUAGAAAUGAAAAGAGAAAUUGGUGGAUUGGUUGGAA